GAGACCGAGAGUGGUUUGUGUUGUUUGUUCUUUGUUGUCUUGUUGACAUGAGGUUAUGUUUACAUGGUAACACAAUGGAAGUUCCUUUAUAACUAAGUGGAGGAUUUUUUAUUCACAUUUAUUCAGUCAGACUAUUUUUAUUCAAACAUCAGAAUUGAUAAGAAUAUUAAUAUUGAUCAUUGCGUUGAUUAAAGUUAGGUUUUUGGCAUGGAUGCAUUCGGAUUCUCACCAAGUCAUAAGGCUCCUCCUCGGAAAGGUCGUAGAGCCGCCAAUGCAAGCAGUGGUUCAAAUGUGACUGCUGAAGAUGCAACCAAUUCCGACGAAAUUGAAAGUCCCAAGUCAAACUCAACUCCUCAACAGUCACUCAGUCCGGAUCCAUCAGCACCACCAAGAUCUCGUAAAACAGGAGGUUGGGCCGAGGAAUUGACUAAAUCUGGGAAGUUUCGAGCGAAUUCCAUUAAUCUCAUUGAGCAGGAAAGGUUUCAAUCUCCAGAGAAGGCUGAGUCUGAUGAUGAUAUUCCGUUGAUUCCUGACUUGGAUGAGUUGCAGGACGAAGAAAACAUAUCAGAAAUUGCCAGAGCUCCUUCAGUGGGAGGCAAACGAGUGGCAUCUUUCUCAGAGCUGGACUCUGAUUUGCUGAAGAAGUCGGCCCUCUCCACUCUGGACAACGACAUCAACCUCACACUGCUCAGCUCCCAUCUCCAGCCCGAGGAGCAUGUCAAAGAAGUGGACUCGACUUGGACAUGGGAUCUGUUAUUCACAGAGGUCGCUUCUGACCUCCGCACCGAAUGGGAGAAUCAGGCUGCUAAACCUCAAACUAUGAACUCACAGCACUAAACUUGAAUAAAAUAAUAGAAAACACUAUUUAGAAAAACACGUACAAUAAUUUAGAAAUAACUUUACAAAAUUAACUAAAAUAUAGAAAAUAAUAAAUAGUGACCACCAAAAAUUACGGUAGUAGCUGUUAGAAUAGUCCUGUUGAUCUUACUUUAUAUUGUUCCAUUUAGCUUCUAUUCAUAAAAUUCAGAAAAUAAAAAUAAAACCAGUUUAUCUUUACAUAAAAAUAUUAUCUGCUCUAAAUAAUAAUAUAUCGGUACUCAGGAGAUAUACUAUACUCUUUUACACUCAGAAAAUGUUUUUAAUAAGAAACGUUGGUUGGUUAUGCUUUCCAGUUAACAACUGAAUUUUGCAGAAAAUGUGGUCCUUCAAUUUAAUUAAAGAAACAGGGUAAUCAGCCUUGUUGUCCCUCAAUAUGAUUGAAUCGAGAAAGUCAUUUUGUUGGUUCUGUGUACAGUUUUUCAAUCUAGUUUUAAUCACUAUACUUUUGUGAUAUUUAUUCCGUCCAGAUCUUUUUAAUAGUGCUAGUGAUAUUUCAAUAGGAUAGACUAUCAAAUUUAAGAUGCACUGCUUACAUAUCUAGUUUUAGUUUUAGUCCUUAGGUACUAUUUCCUUAGUCCGUCCAAUGUUUUAGUUCUUAGUCCUUAGAAACAAUGUUUGAAAAACAUGAUGCUAAAGAAUUAUAUCACUGUUAUUAAAGAAAAAUCGGUCCAAUAAAGCUCAAAAUUACUAUUC